UUUUAUCUCUUUUUUUUUUCUUUAUAAGAAAUGUCGUCCUCAUCGUCAGAUGGCGUAGAUGAAGUUUUUGAAGAAUUUUUUGACGAAGAAUUUGAUAAUAUCGUCGACUCUCUACUUGUACAAGCCAACAAACCAAAGAGACGAGCUUAUAUCGAAAGAGAUCGGGAACAAGGCCACAUUCAACUAUGGAAUGACUAUUUCCAGGAAAAUCCUACUUACCCACCGGACAUGUUUAGGCGGCGUUUUCGAAUGAACAAGCCAUUGUUCCUUCGCAUUGUCGAGCGGCUAAGUACAGGUGUUCCAUACUUUCGGCAAAGACGAAAUGCUCACGGAAGGAAAGGCCUAUCACCUCUUCAAAAAUGUACGGCAGCUAUACGUAUGCUCGCAUAUGGUCAAUCGGGAGAUACGUAUGACGAAUAUCUCCGACUUGGUGAAAGUACGGCACUUUUAUGUUUGGAACAUUUCACUAAUGGGAUAAUAGACUUUUUUGGUGAAGAGUAUCUAAGAAGACCUACCGCGGAAGAUCUUCAACGAUUACUCGAUAUUGGAGAGGUUCGCGGGUUUCCAAGAAUGAUUGGUAGCAUUGACUGUAUGCAUUGGGAGUGGAAAAACUGCCCUACGGCUUGGAGAGGGCAGUACACACGAGGUUCAGGAAAGCCGACAAUUGUCUUAGAGGCUGUGGCAUCAGAAGAUCUUUGGAUAUGGCACGCAUUUUUCGGAUUACCAGGUACCUUAAACGAUAUCAAUGUUCUUGAUCGGUCUCCUGUUUUUGAUGACAUUAUACAAGGUCGAGCACCUAAAGUUAAAUUCAAGGUCAACAAUCACACUUACCGUAUGGCGUACUACCUUACUGACGGAAUUUAUCCGAAUUGGUCAACAUUUAUCCAAUCCAUCCCACUUCCUCAAGGUAAUAAAGCAGAGCUGUUUGCUAAACAUCAAGAAUCCACUAGGAAAGAUGUCGAAAGGGCUUUCGGGGUAUUGCAAUCGAGGUUUGCAAUAGUAAAAAACCCAGGUCGACUAUGGGACAAGGAAAAGUUAGGGAAGAUUAUGAGAACUUGUGUCAUAUUACACAAUAUGAUUGUGGAGAACGAACGAGGCGGAUACUCUCUAAGUGAUACUUCUCAGUUCGAGUCAGGAGAGUCAAGCAGAAAUUCGAAAGUCAAAAGGAGAGAAAGUUUGCAUUUGAAUAACAUGCUAGGCAUGCGCAAUGAAGUUCGGGAUUCAGGAAAACAUGAUAGUUUGAAAGCUGAUUUAGUUGAAAAUGUAUGGCAAAAAUUUGGUAACUUAGAUGAAUAAUCUUUGUAUCUUCAUCAAUUAUCAAUGUAAUGAAUAAAUUUUAUUUAUAAAAUAUAUUUUACAAUAUUAUAUUUAUCUUUUCAAAAUAAUUUCAAAAGUAAAAAAAAAAUUAUAAAUAUAUUAUUUAAUUCUUAUGAACUCCUAGAGAGGUUCACUAAUGUAGAAGCACAAUA